AUGUUUUUAUUGAAAUGGUUUUUAAAGUAUCAUCAUCAUCAUCCUAUUAAUGUUUCCACUGCUGGGGCACAGGCCUUCCCUAUGGAUGGAAUAGAGAGAUUGGGCCAUGACCCACCACGCGGGCCCAGUGUGGAUUGGUGGACGACUGCAGCUGCGGCCAUCCCGGCCGCGACUGCAGUCGACAGCUUAACCUUCCCGGCCUUGCCGAGGCUCCAAGGGCCUCGUGAAGCCCUGGAAUCCUACUUAGUGACAGAAACAUAUUACCACCAACAGCAGGCUGUGCUGCUGACAAGUGAUAAAAGCGUAUCGGAUUCUGAUCACCUGCACUUUAUUGGUUACACUCCCGUAAGUGAUACAGGUGGCAAAACGUCUUUUGACUUGGAAUCUGAAUCUGACUUAGUGGUCAUAAAUAAUCCUAAGUUGAGUCCUAUAUAUGCGUCCGCAGAACAGAAGGAUGUCCUGGAAAAAGUUGGAGCAUUGAUUAAGAAUCAUGAAAUAUCAUCGCGCCAAUUUUUGACCAACAAACCGGCGAAAAUGUAUUGUGUAAGUAAACUUAAAUUCUAUCAUCGUCAUCAUAAGCUCAUCACCACUGCUGGGGCACAGGACUUCCCCAUGGACGGUAUACGAGAAAGGGUAGCAACAAACCACGCGGGCCCAGUUGCGAUUGUAAUUCUAAUACGAUUUUCUCAUUUUCCAUCUUCUCAGAGUAAAUUAUCACACGAUGUAACAGUAACACAAAUUGAUCAAGACUUCAUCGAUUCAAAGACGGCCUUCCCUAUGGAUGGAAUAGGGAGAUUGGGCCAUGACCCACCACGCGGGCCCAGUGCGGAUUGGCGGGUGCUAAUGACUGCAUAUGCAGCCGGGACCAACGGCUUAACGUGCCUUCCGAAGCACGGAGGAACUCGAGAUAGUAAAUUUUUGGUCACCCAUCCAAUGACCGACCACUGCGAAAGUUGCUGAACUUCAACGAUCACAGCCGAACGCGCUAACCACUUGCGCUAUCGA